GUCGUGCCUCAGUUUCGGCUUAUGUUUCGCGCGGUUCACAUGGUACGCACGGCGUUCGCUCUCCGGCUUGCGGUGUACGCGUGUGUUUCAGUGCACUUCAGGGGUUGGUUCUUCGGUUGCGGCGGGCGCUAGCAUGUGAGUGGUGAUCAAUAACGGUUGAACAUCGGGAAUACUCUCCAGUGUGCUAGUUAGUGAUGAUAUUGUGUGUUAACUCCGCACUCGGCAUGUGCACAGAAUGCACUCGUGUGGUGAAGAAUGAAGUGAAUCAAGUGUAAGGAAAGAGUGGUAGCAGCUCUUUCUCUUUGGUAGCAUAUUAAAGCCUGCUUAUGUGAAGAUAUGCAAAUAGGCUGUUAAUUGUGCAGUGGGAAAAAAAAGCCUGGGCUGUGUUUGAAUUAUUUUGGAAAAAUGGUUUUGGAAUCGAAACAACACAGUGAAAGGCAAACAAAUUGAAGUUGAAAAAGUGUACCAAAGUGAGGAGGUUUUAAGUGUGAGUGUCUAAUCGGAUAAAUUUGCUGAGCAUAGUGUAGUGUAACAAUACUUAAUCGGUGUAAAAAAGAGCUCAAUCUGUGCAGUGUUGUAAUUAUUACGAGUAUUCGCAGCAAAAAAAUUCAAUCGUGAAUCGCUUAAGCAAUCAUAGCUGGAGACGUAUCAACAAGUGCAUGUACAGUGUAUUAUCGUGUCAUCUGGUAGGAAUUCUUCAAGAAUCUGUAAUUAAAGACGCAGUUCCUCAAGUAGCUGCAAUCAUUCCACAUACACAUCAAGAAAUGACUACUUCCGGUUGCGUCCAGCCGUAGACAAACAUGUCCAACGACACCACCAUCUAGAACACGCAAGGACAACCCUGUUGUUGUUGUCUGCACACGUAAUUGAUCGCUUCGGACAGUCAUCAUACUCACCAGUCUACCAGUGUCCUGUAUAUCGCGACUGUCCCUGCGAAAAGUGCGUGUUUCUAUGUGUUCGAAAAGUAAGAGUGCGAGUGUUUGUAUGGCGGUGUAAGUGCGCGAAUGUUUGCAUCGUGAUCCAAGUGAAUCAGAUUGCGCAAUAAGCGUAGGAAGAGAAGCGCUGUUUUUUAGUACCGUAGGCCUCAUCGGGAUUGGGGAUUUAUUUUUUCCUUUCGUCGAUUUUUGAAUGCGAACAUGGCAGCGGUACGGUCGCCGGAAGUGCUGGUGAAAAAUGCCGGCACAUGGUGGAUACGGUUCGUGCUGGCGCUGGUGCUGAUUCUGCAAACGUGCCACCGCGUCCAAACGCUCGAUCUAGAGAAAUGCAAAAACCCAUUAGGCAUGGAAUCGUUCGCGAUUAAUGACUCACAAAUAACGGCCAGCUCGGCGCACGACAUCGGCAACGUAGGACCACAGCAUGCCAGAUUAAAAGUGGACAACAAUGGAGGCGCCUGGUGCCCCAAGCACAUGGUGUCCCGGGGCCUGAAAGAGUAUCUGCAGAUCGAUCUGCUGAAAAUGCACGUCAUCACGGCGAUUAAAACGCAGGGCCGGUUCGGUAAGGGUCAGGGCCGCGAAUACACAGAAGCGUACGCACUCGAGUACUGGCGGCCCGGUUUCACCAAGUGGAAACGGUGGAAAAAUACGCGCGACAAUGAGAUCCUGUCGGGCAACAUCAACACCUACAGCGAGGUCGAGCAAGCGCUGCAACCAAUUAUAUUCGCCUCGAAAAUUCGCAUCUACCCGUACAGCCAGUACGAUCGGACGGUUUGUCUGCGCGCCGAAAUCAUCGGCUGCGAGUGGGAAGAGGGUCUCAUCUCGUACAGCAUCCCGAAAGGUGUGAUACGAGGCGCCGAGGUUGACCUGUCCGAUCGUACCUACGACGGUGAGGGCGAAGGCGAUCGCCUGGUACACGGUCUCGGUCAGCUAGUGGACGGCCAGAAAGGUGCCGAUAAUUUUCGCAUCGAUAUACACGGAUUCGGCAAAGGAUACGACUGGGUCGGUUGGCGUAAUGACUCACUCGGCUGGGCCGGCAAACCGGUCGAGAUGGUGUUCGAGUUCGACUCGGUCCGUAACUUUAGCUCGAUGGUACUGCACACCAACAACAUGUUCAGCAAGGACGUACAGGUUUUUGUCCAUGCGAAGGUAUUCUUCAGCAUCGGUGGUCAGCACUUUACCGGUGAGCCGGUCCAGUUUUCCUACAUGCCGGACACGGUAAUGGAGAAUGCGCGAGACGUCACGAUCAAGCUCCAUCAUCGGGUCGGUCGGUACGUGCAGAUUCAUCUCUACUUCGCAUUGCGCUGGAUCAUGCUGAGCGAAAUCUCCUUCAACUCAGCACCAGUGACGGGCAACUUUUCCGACGAGGAAGUCAACGGGAACUCCAUCUCGCAGGAAAACUCCAUCGAGUAUCCGCUGCAGCGUGACGAGUCCGGCAUCAACAUCGUGAACAAGGGCGAACGGAACCAUGUAACUCAAAUCAUCUCACCGAAGCCGAUCGAUCAGGAACCGGAGCCACACUUUGUCGGUGUCGUGAUAGCGGUCCUGACGACCAUCAUCCUGCUGCUGAUCGUCAUCAUCAUGUUCAUCGUGGCCAAGAACAAGCGCACCCGGACGGCGGCCGUGCUCGAUGCGCUUCAGCACAAUUUGCAUACCGACAGUUUGGGCAUCGAUAAGCGACUGAACAGCAAUUUCAAGGUAUCGAUAGACGAUAAUGAAUCGAUUGAUAAGAGCAGCCUCUAUCACGAACCGUUCAAUGUAAAUAUGUACACCAGUGCCGCCAGCGGAUGCUCGAUGAGCGACAUGCAGCGCCAUCACAUCACCCCGGACUAUACAGAUGUGCCCGAUAUCGUGUGCCAGGAGUACGCCGUACCGCACAUGCAGGACCUCAUACCGAAGAUCCCGGGCGGCUACGUGAGCGUACGGCUGACGCCACCGACGCUGAACAACAUCUUCCCGAAGCCACCGCCAGUGCCACCACCGCCGGAAAAGUACUACGCCGCCACGGCCAUCUGCAAAUCGUCCACUACGCCAACGACACCAUCGAACCAGCAGCAGCAACAACUGAACGCCUACAGCGAUCUGGAUCUUGGCGUGUCCGAUGACGAUCUGCAGCUCAGCGAGUACCCGCGCGACAAGCUGGUGAUAGUGGAGAAGCUGGGCUGCGGUGCAUUCGGUGAGCUGCACCUGUGCGAAACGAAAGGAUACAGCUCCAAUCUUGUCGCUGUUUCGACGCUACGGCCAGGUGCAUCGGAUCACAUGAAAAAGGAGUUCCGCUCGAAGGCGAAACAGCUUAGCCGACUGAAUGAUUCGAACAUAGUGAAGCUGCUCGGAGCCUGCCUGAAGGACGAACCGAUCUGCAUCGUGCUCGACUACAAGUUCAGCACCGACCUGAACCAGUUCCUGCAGGAGCACACGGCAGAGACAGGCUCGCUGGUGCAGCAUAAUUCCUUGAGCUACGGGUGUUUAAUUUACAUCGCCACUCAAAUAGCAUCCGGCAUGAAAUACCUAGAGCAGAUGAAUGUAGUGCAUCGGGACCUAGCGACAAGGAGUUGCUUGGUCGGACCACAGCUGGAGAUAAAAAUCUGUACACUAGGAACUGUGAUAAAUCGCAUAGCAUAUCCUGCUGACUACUGCCACCUCGAAGGUGCCGGAAGACAAUCACAACCAAUGCCGAUCCGGUGGAUGGCCUGGGAGAGCGUGUUAAUGGGCAAGUUCACGUCCAAGUCGGACGUCUGGUCGUUUGCUGUAACGCUGUGGGAAAUCUUAACCUUCGCCCGCGAGCAACCGUUCGAGAAUCUGAGCGACGACAAGGUGAUCGAGAACAUUGGUCACAUGUAUCAGGACAACAAGAAACACAUUCUGCUUCCAAUACCCGUGGGCUGUCCGCGAGAAAUCUACGAUCUGAUGUGCGAGUGCUGGCAGCGUAACGAGGCGAGCCGACCGAACUUCCGCGAAAUUCAUCUGUUCCUGCAGCGGAAAAAUCUUGGUGAGUAUUUUCACCAUAACUAAAAUCGGGAGUAAACCACUCAAAAAGCCUCCCCUCCAGUCCAGUGAAUCAUAGUGAAACAAUGCAUUUUUUCUUCUUGUCCAUUUUUGUUCAUGGUGAUAACAUGAAAUUUUUUUCCACCUUCCCAAAACAACACACCACCCGAAACACACACACACACAGCCCAACCGCACACCGUUCUAGCUGAUCCAGUCCGGUUGAUGACGGCCAAGCGAACGAAAACGCUGACCAGAAACUAGUGAAGCGGAGCAGUGCGGGAAGCACCCAGUGAAAGUCUUUCAAACUCCUUUUGAAAAACCGAAACUCCGCUCCUCGAACACGGCGCGACGAAGGAAAAUUUGGUGCAAAGCAAAUCGAUGCAUGGUGAAAGCCUUUAAAAACACACACACAACCGCGUGCGAACUGGACUGAAAUGUGAUUUUGUGGCACCGGGACAGCGAACAGUUUUCCACCUGAUCUUGAUCGGUGAAAAUUUGCUUCUGGAAACAGAAGGAAAACAGACCAUAUCGAAGACGAUGCAUGCUCGAACUGAACUUUAAAUUGUGGGUGAGAAGAAUAAAACAUGAAGAAAAUCUGUGUGAUUAGGUUUACAUACGGCAACGAAGCGUAAUAUCGAUCCCACCAAUCAAGGAUGAGAAGGAAAUUCGGGCAGCAGAAAUUGCACGCAAAGAAACGUAAGCUCGAUCAAUUCGGUCCCUUCUUUCUAUUUCGGUUCUCUAAUUCGGUGGUUCUAGUUUUCAUUUAUUUAACUAUUUACAAUCGAAAACAAAGCGAUUACGAUAAUUUAAUUUUCGAAAAAAUUAGGUAACUUAAAAAAGGGAAGACAAAUGAAAGUGGAAAAACCAAAUCAAGCAAAUGCCAUGUGUAAUAAAAGGUUUUACAACAUACACACAGAAAAACACAAAUACACACACUCUGUAAGUAGAGUAGAUACUACCCUUAAUGGUGUAAGCAUACGGUAAACGACACGUAAACACACACACACUAAUAAAUGUAAGUAGCACUGUAAAGAACAUUAUUCCUGUGUAUAUUAAGGAAGGAGCCGACGUGAGAAGAAGCGCGCGAUCAGUAAGUUUCAUCUGUUCUUUUAAACUGUUUUUUGUGCUUUUUUUACUUUUUUUCUUCUUUUUUCUUCUUAUGAAACACAUUGACAAAAAACACUAAAACACACCUUCAAACUCAAUUGAAAAUGUCUUACCGAUGGCGAGAAAUUAUCGUCCUGAAGAUAGAGAGAGUCUAUAGCCUAUGAUUUUAGAUACCAACUGAAGAGUAAAAAAGUCCUUCUAAUAAGCAACUUUUUCAAGCAUUUCUUUUAAGUUAAAACACUUGAAACGAACAGAUAGAAAUAAAAAAAAUCGACUCGGUAGAUCAGCGUUUCAUUAGUCAUAUAACGUAUAGUUUCUCCAUUCGGCGUGGAAUGGAAAAAAAAACAGUAAGGAAAAAAGUAUUCAAACGAUCAUUCGAAUCAUUUUCAUCGGUGAGCAAUUAUUAGGACCGAAGUCGAAUUUAAUCAUUAUUUAAAGGAAAAUGCAAACAAAAUCCAUUAAUUAGUGUAGCAUCAUCAGUGAAGGGUGAAUGAACACAACCUCGAGUGGAAAUCUAGUACGAAUAGGGCCCGAUUCUCGGUCGGUCGGCAGAGCAAACCCAGCUAACUAACUAGACACAUGAACUCGAUCGAAAAACUACUACUACUACUACUUUAUCUCGUCCAAUAAAGAGAGUAAGUUUGAAAAACGAAAACAAACACACAAUACAAGCUGAAACCACCUACAUAUACCUACCAAACUGUUUGCGUUGAUUCCGAAAUAUGUUGAUUGGGUUUGAUUUCUCUCUUCACUUCUUUCUUCUCUUUUCUUUCUUGUCUGUUUUAUGUUCCGUAAGUAUGAUUGUGAAUAUUUUUGAAUAAUAUUACUUUAUUUGUAUGUUUUAAUUUUCUUUAAUCGCUUAUUAUAAAAAAAAUGGAACGAGUUUUUCAAACAAAAAGCGAAUAUUUGGCAUUGAAAGAAAGUCCCCUCACGAAAAACAAAAACAGCCACAAAAUUGGAGUGAGUACGCAGGUGCUACCUUAACUGAAUGCGAAUGUGCACCUACGAGUAUGUAUAAGUGAACCUUGUCUUCCCGCUGAACUAAAUUGUAUAUUGAAAAGUAAAGCAAAACCAAAAAAAAACAGAAACAAACAAAACGAUUAGAAGCUUAUCGAUCCGAUGUAGAGUAGAACAGCUAAACUUAUUAGAGAACGUUGCAUGCGGUAACACCCAAACACCCGUUUAGAAUAUGGAAUAAUUGCAAUUGGCUGCUUUAACAAUUUGUAAAAAGGAUAGUUUCCCCUAGAAAAGUUUGGUAGUUUCUUUUUCCCCAGUUUUUCAAAAAGAAAGAGUGAAAAAUUCAAAAGAUCCCUCAAACACCUUUAAAAACCGUGUGACAACUCUUGCCUAACUUUAUUGCAAAACGGUGCUAUCUUCUGUCUCUUUUUCUUAUUCUUUCCUUUCUCUUCCUGUUUUUUUCUCGUGAAGAAACACUUUUGUGACAAUAAGUAUAGAUACGAUAACGAUACGAACACGACAGAUGCUCACGGUGCUUAGAAUUUAAUAUCGAGAACCGAACAGAAGGCCAGCAGGGAGUGAAAAAGAUGUUAAAAGCAAACGGACAAAACAACAAAAGGAAGCUAAAACUAUUACUCAAAACUGAAACUCAAACUGUCAAAGCCAUAUAUUUUUCUUACGAUAACUAUCACAGUUUGCCACAAACGAAAGGAACCAACAGAGGGAAGAGAAAACAAACCAGGGUGCAGUUAAGAAACGGUAAAAGGGUCGAGCGUAUGUUAAUAAUUUUCAACGCAGAAGCAUACUUUUCCGACGGCUUCAAGCACUAUCUCUCACUUCCAAUCCUGUCUAUCUGUCGCUCGAUCAUUAUUACAAAAUAUUGCGUAUAUUUUCUUACCCUGUUGUACACUGUUGUAAUUCAACGGCGAUGGAUGAUGGACGAGAGGAAAGUUGGGAAGGCCGGAAAUCCAGCCUUCGAUUCUUGGCCCCGUGUGUGAGUGUUUAUCAGCUUUAAAAUUAUUAAUCGAAGCGAGAUGCCGGGGUUUGAAGGUACGAUGAGUAAGUAAAGUCUUUUUUGUUACGUGUAAAAUGUUCUCUUAAUUUAAAAAUAUUUUAUUUAAUCUCAUAUUUAAGAGUCCCGAUAUUAGUCCUUUCUUAUAGUGUUCAAGUAGAGUAUAUUGAUCAAGCCAAAAGAGAUUGGAGCUUUAAAAAACAUAAGAGCUCGCUUUCUUUAUUCCAAACGAUCUAUGAAAAUGCUCCAAAAAAGGCUGCAAAGAAAUUGAUUCUGUAUUUAUGAAUUUUUAUGUUGAGCUUUGGUGGUCAAGCAAUAUUGCUGUUCAUUGGAGAGGCACUAACAACGCCACUUGGAGGAAAAUAUAAGCACAGCUCCCAUACAUGUACCCUGUUUGGCAUGUACGCAGUGAAAUCACCCGUUAACAACCACCAGCUAUGAUCGGUUGAGUGAAAUUUGACCUGCAUCAUCUGUUUUUUUAAACCUUCCAUUCCCCCGAGAAAACAAUCGCUGAAUUUCGCUCAUGCAUGAGCAAGCGGCGCUAAGCGGUUGAAACUAGGCCGUCCUUCAACAAGAAUCCUUUCGGCAAAGCAAACCCAACCAACUCAGAAGGCAGAAAUUUCGCUUUAGUGGAUGCAUUUUAAUAUGGCUCUUAGUCUUCCCCAUUCCAUCCGGAACCAGCAAAGCCAUGGUACCAAUAUUUUCUCAGAACUCUGGGCAAUAGCAUGAUGCCGUGGUGCGAUUUGCAUUGAUUUUUCUAGAUUGUUUUCCACUUUCGGGGCAUGCGAACCGUAGCAUCACGGUUCAAUGGCGAAUGGGGCGCAAUCAAACCCAAAACAGUCCUUGACUGGCUGGCGGGCCCUUGAGACCUUUCCGAAGGGGAUGGGGGGGAAACAAAAAGUAAGGACACUCCCAAACUCGGAAAGCCAAAAAUUAUUUUCCGACUUUAUGCUAAAAACACGCUCAAGAAAUACAGAGCUGAAUGUUGGAUGCAUCAUCAUCCCCGUCUUCGAUCAUGCAAACCGUCAAACCGGCGCUGCACCACUAUUGCUUAACAAACCCGCACAACUUCUGCCGGAAGAAAAACGAUCCGAGAAUCUCAAUCCUUUAUUUAUUUCCACUUUCUUCCUUCUAUGUCAGUGCAGCUUUUCUUUUUUGCCCUCAGCAAGGUCCAAAAGUCCAACAUGCCUCGGUACGUUCGUGAUACAUUUGUACCGCGAAGCACCGAAUCCUAUCCAUCACUGCUCGAGGCUGCCCGCGCUACGCUCCGGCACCGCGAGCUGUACCACGGGCACUGGCAGCAUAAAUAUGGGAAUUAUAAAAUAAACUUUUUAAUUAAUGGCAUCAUACCCGUGGCAAUUCAAUGAUGGAGCACGCGAACCCGGUGCCAUUUUUCGUUAAAGUUUUUCACCCAACCCAACCGUCCUCGGUCGGUAACGAAUCGUUGUUGCAUCAAUUUAGCUUGUUAUUGGAAAAGCUUGCCUUGCCUGCCUGCGAGUCGGUCGGAGCACUUUUCAUACUUUGCAAGUUUGUAACAAUUUUCCAAAACUCGCAGCAACAACAACAACAACAUUUUCUGGUAUCGGGAAAAAGUUACCACCACGAGUUAGCAUUGACGAGACAUGGUGGCGGUAAAUAAUUGUACAGGUUGCGCAGCGGAAAAUUUCAGCUCACUUUUUGAUGCAAUUUUAAUUCAGUGAUUAGUGGAGUUUGAUGUAUUCGAGGAAUCGAGGAGCACUAGUUGGAUAUUUGGAUGCUCUCUAUUCAGGCAACAUCAUGCAUAAUAUGUUAAUUUCUGGAAAGUCUGACCAGUUCUUCAAACCACCAUCGUUUAGCAUCCGGCUAUUAGGUAUCCAGACCAUAAGCCCAUUUCAAUCUAGGCUUAUCACAUCUCACAGUCCAAGGUUUUUGCUCGGGUUAGUUAUCCGAUUCUAAUGGCUAGACCGCUCCGAUGGAGAAUACCGAGUGUAAUUCUUGGUAAAGAGCAGUAAGGCAUGUGGUCCUGCAAUGGUUUCGUCUGUUAUGUCUAGAACUCAGAGAGUUCUCAGUGAAUGCGUUUUUGAAUACUGAAUAGCCCAAGAGGUUUUGUAAAUGGAGAGUGUUUCUGGAGCGUACAUCUAUAUUCGAGUUGCAUCACUCUUUGCCCAAGAUAUUCCCCGAGGGUUGAGCUACUUCUAGUCCUUAUCCAAAGUCUAAUGUCUAAAAUAUGGUUUGGUGAUGACUGUUCUGAGGAUCUAGCUAAACUUCUGAGGUUCUUUAGGAUUAAGAAGUAAUUGGAUAUCAAGCUACUUCAACAAACCAUACAACAUUGGAUAAUUUCUGAUGAUUCUUGUUAAUUUUUUAAGAAAGCCUUAAUUAAUUGGAGAAAUACCAUGGGUUUUUUUCAAAACUCUUUAGUAUAUCCAAACUCCUUCAUUUGAAUCCACUAUCGCAUCACCAUCAGAGAUUUGUUAUCUACCACAUCGAAAUCCAAUUUUAAUCUUAUCUCAUCUCAAUUCGCAAGAAGAGAAAUAAAAACACACCAACCAGUAUUAUCGCCAGCUGUUGGUACAAAUUUGCACAUUUUUUUAGCAGUCAUAAUGAUAACCGUACCAAGAAGUGUGUGCCUCCUUCAGGGAAAUGCUUACAAAAAAUGGGAGAGAGCACACCAGAUCCACAGCGACCAUUUUUCUCCAUUCGGCCAAGAAAAGUGAAAAUUCAUUGGCGCAUUUUAAUCUUAUCAUUGCCACCAUCCCCAUUCGCACACAGAAAAAGAAAAUGAAACCCCGAGGAAGAUCACAGUCAACGGCCGGCAGCUGUAAUUUAAUUCCAUGCCCUAAUUUCAAGAUAAAGACCUCAUCCCGCGCUUUCAUAUUUGAUUUUUGUUUCCCGCCGAAGAACCACGCUGACUGUUUCACUGACUUGGAGCAAACCAAAGUGGACAAAACCGGUGGUUUGUAUCACAAAGAUGCAGGGCUUCUUCCGGCAAGAUGCUUUGCUCAAUUUUUUUCCUCUCCACGUUUUUCUGCUGACGUGGACAGAUCUUUAGUUUUUGGCAUUUAGAAGUUCCCUCGUUCUACGUUUGUUUAUUCUCCAUUUCACGACCGGCGGCACAGGCGACGUCUAAUUCCUUGAACGUGGCACCAUUGCGGAAGCGUUGUGAGCUAGGAAAAGACCUAGGCCUAGACUGGGAACGAAUUAACCACGGAAAAAACCGCACCCCAUGAGGGGACAGUUAGCAAGAACGUAAAAGUAAACCAAAAUGAUUUUUGGCACUGGGAAAAAGGAAUGAGACAACAAAUACCGAAGGCUUUGUGGUAAUCAUCAUCGCUGGGAAGGGAAGAAAAACGAGACAUCAGAUAUUCAAAUUUUGCGUGUUGUCCUAAGCUCAGGAAAUGCUGCGGGACAGUUCUUGAAGUAGCUUUAAUUUGUCUUGAGAGACGUAUAGGAACUUGCUUGCUGUAGCCAAGACUCGACUCGGCAUUGUGAUUUAGGUCCAAAAAGUUCUGAAGGUUCUGAGUUUGAAAAGUCCUAGUGGUAGACAUUUUGAGCACUAGUAAUAUAAAAAGAUCCCGCUUAAUGACAUUAAUCAUUCCAGCAAAAAAAAGGAAUUUUUUCUCCAUCGAAUGAUCACAGGAAAGCAAAAGCAUGAUUAUAAGCAGCUUAAAAGAAAACCUUCACUUGCACUGGACACUUUUUCCCGCUGCUGCUUUCCGUCGGUUUGCCAGCAGCUCUUUUGAUCUUGGGAACAAUCUUUAGCGUUAAAACCUGGUUGGACAAUCUAGAUCUAGAACCAGCUGCAGUAAUUAUACUCCAAUCAACUUCAGGCGCGAUUUACCCUGCCGCUUCCUAGCCAUUAAACGUCAAUAGAUCUUAGAGCAGUGUAAUUAAUUUACUUCCCUUUUCUUACGGCGAGCAGAAAUUAAAAUGGACGAUUGCUUUACACGGCGGAACGAACAAAAAAACCGUAGUCGUAGAAUAAAAGGUUUCGCGAACUGAAUGCUGCCAUGCAGUUGUUGGGUGUGAAAAUGGGAGUAAAACAGCUGCAUUACUGGUACACAUCCACCACACACAUGCACUGGAUGCACUUGAACGUGUAAUUGAUUUUCUAUCAUCCUAUGGCGGCUGUUCGUAGCCCCGUAAAAAUCAGGCCAACCAAUUAACAAACACACACAUACACGUACGCACCAGAGUCUACGUCCCUUUCCGAGGGCUCCAUUAUCACAUAUCCCAUGCCGUAGGUUUGCUGCUGAUCGUUGAGCGAACCUUGACCGUUUGACGCCACCAAUCGAACUGCAGCGUCGGAUGUUGAUGGAAGAUUUUAUAAUUUGAUUCCCGUGAGGAGUCCGCUUCCACGGUUCCCCUGGUGGAUUGAAGUUAGAGAGGCAUUUUUCUCCACAAUUUUCCCCCCAAAAGUCCCUUGACGGUGUCCCCUGGUGGAAAAUGACCGAUGCUGACGGCGGAUGCGGAUGACGAUGACGAUUAUGAUGGGAUGGAUGCGUUUUUCCACCACGCCCGUCCGAAACGAACCCUGACAGCGUCAAUAGUAAUCAAGAAUUCAAUUAUGAAAUUUCGCACCCAUACGCACACGCACACUGCCCCGGCAGUGUCCAGCGCGCCGCGAAUAAUCACAUCGUAAUCAUUUUAGAGCCAUCGGGCCGCUCGGCUACGGGAAGAUAGCACCGGGGACCGGACCACUCAAUUCUCGACCGGCUUUCGGAGGAGAUUAUAGAUCCGGCUGGGCCGUUUAGACAGCGUCUGUCAGCUAGCCAGACCAGUCGGAAGCACUGCACGAGCGUCCGCUUUCAAAUCGAUACUUCGAUGAGCUGUGCUGUGCUGCUCGCAAAUGAUACACUACGGGUCUUAAGAUAAUUCAAUUUACCACUGCUUCUUCGUGGAUGCAGGCCAGGCAUGCCCGGACUAGUGAUUAAAUUUGUUAAAGCUUUUGUUAAACUGCUUCUUUCAAUGAAGUUGUCUAGGCUUUUUCAAAUUCUUCAAUUUAAGCAGUGGAUAUUGUUCCUUACCCAAAAAUCUCUCAUCAAAACCUGAGUUACGUCUAAUACGUCAUCACGACGCAUUGACUAGUCUACCAAAUAUCAAUCGUCCCAUCAUUACACUGCCGACAGCCGGAAGCAUUAUUAAUGAACCUUGGCCCGGUCGUACAGCUGUGUCACGCGACGGCAGGACAAAAGGUUCCACAGCGCCACAAGAAAGACAGAAAAUUCCACAACUCGCCGGGUAGGAACCACUGGCGGCGGCUCUGGGAAACAGUGAAACAUAAUAACGUGAAAAUCUAAUAAGCAACGCAACAGAUGCCUUUGGUGUUUUCUUAUCGAUUCCUUUACAUCGAAGCGGGGUGGAUUUACCGAGAGACCGCAUUCACCUUCCAGGAGCCCGAGGAGCUGAGGCUUUGUUCCACACUCAAACCAAUGAACGAAUUACUUUGCCGAUUACGGGAAACCUUGGGUACGCUUUUUUCACAAGAACAAUGGCGCUUUUACAUUGGCAUACGGGGGCCAUAUCUUAAGCAGGGCAUGUAAAUCCGGCAUAGCCAUGCUGAAGUUAGAUGGAAAUGGUAGAUUUUCUUGCCAUUUUCCCGGGAGAGUUCAUUGGGAUUUAACCAGAUUUUAUCGGUGAUUUUCUUCGAAUGUCCUCCCCUUCUUGUUUAAAAUCUUCUUUGGCUUGAUCAUAAAUGAUUUUUUUUUAUUUAAUGCUAAAAAGAUGUUUUUCCAUAAAUUACAGAAUUUUCUUUAUAAUCGCUGAAGCUUAUUAAAAUUUUAAAAAAUAAUCUAGAUCAAAACCUCACACGUAGUAGAGCUUCUAGAAGGAACUUGACACAAAAACACUCUUUUCCCCAGCAGAACAAGACAAACACACACACACACACAAUAAUGAAAAACAACACAUGAAAUUUCCCUCGUGCCUUUUUAAUCACACUUUUCACCGCGACACUAUGCGACACGAAUCGCAACGAACCAUCCUAUCACACUGAUCACAUGCACUGCACAUUACCAAGCACGGAUUCUUUCCGGAGAGCUCAAAAAGAAAAGCUUUUCCCUGUUCCAUCUAGACACCACUAGGCCUCCACUGUGGCCCAGUAGGUCUGUACCUAUCUCACUUCCCUUUUCCGGGUUUUUCAUAAGUUUGUAAGAUAUUGUGAAAAAGAUCUCAUUCAACAAAACCCACACACACACACACACAGAAAUUAUUGUGAGAAGAAAAAAACUGCGACUAACAUGUAGCGUACUGUAAAUAAGAUCAAUGUGUAUUGGAAGCAAAAUGACACUCAUUGGCACCGAGGGUCCCGUGCACGGACCCGCUGUUACCGGGUUUUUAUGUGGUUCGAACGUGAACGUAAGCCCCCACACGGUCAGUGCACGGGCUCGGCGGGUGUGCAGCGACGGAAGGCUGAUGGUUUAGAUUUAGAACUAGGCUUAAAGACACCCAAAAAAAAAAAACACUAGCGAAAUCCCCAUUUAGCACACGUUCGACGUUGUACAGCGAGAACCACUGGGGCAGGUACGGAGAGCACCCUAAAGCGACCCAAGAAUUGACGAGCUAAUGCAAUCCGACCGAUCGCGUUCACUGUGUGAAAUCACGAUCGCACAGGAAACACGAUCCCCACGUGUAGGAUCGGUUGGUUGUAAAAUUGUAAAACACAACACACGAAAGAAAAAAAAAUUAAAGGAAGGGAAAGCAGAUUAAACAAGAAAGAUAUUAGUGGACAACAAGUUAGAGCUUCAACAUUUAUGCUUGCCGAUUGACUACUAGUUUAACUUACGUACAGGGCUAAGGGAGGGAAAGGUAGGGAGUUGGGCUUUCGGCUACUGGAAAGCUUCAGCUCUAAACGAAAGGACAGUGAUUGUAAAUGCAAUAGAUAGUGAAAUUUAACAAAAUUAUACAUUAAUCGCACGUGCGAAACUUAAGCGAGCCCUGCGAGGGUCGUCGCUCUGUCCCGAAUCGCGAAACUACAAUCCGCAAUGUGUAAGAUACGGUGUAUUAUAUCGAACAUGAAGCAUUUGCAAAUGCUUUCUCUUGAAUUCCAGGUUGAUCAACAGCUGUUUUUCUCUAGAGACUUGAGGUGAGCUCUGUUGGAAAUCGUGUCACAUUCAACUGAAAUAAGUUGAGGGAGAUGUUUAAGGUUUGUUUGAUGCGUUAUUGGUUCUAGCUUUUUUUCUGCAAAGAGUGUAAAAAAACAUCAUAUCAAUAUUACCCUACCGUGAAAAUAAUGCAAAAUAAUGUUUCAAUUAAAUUUAUUUUAUUGUAAUUUGAUCAUUUUUUAAUUUAAAUGAGUUAUUCCAAAUUUUAUUGCGGAGCAAAAGUUAUCUGCAAAAUGUGUUUAAAAAGAAAAAAAGGAACCGAAAACUCAUUCAACCAAACCCUGGCAAUGUAAGAUGAGUGCACUGCAAAAAGAAAAAUGCAAAAGCAUACACGUUUUAAGCAAACGAAAAUCUUAGAGCCGUGCUCUAAAACCCGACUUGAUAAUCAAUUUUUUAUAUAAGACACCCCCUUUACGAGACUUAAAAGUGAUGCAAAGGCACAACAAAGUGAGCGGCAAUUCGCAUCUACUGUAGAAAUGAAGAACCAUAGCUUGUAGUUCUUAUAUAUAUAUUCUUUAUCCAAAAACUAGGAUCUCGCAAACUGAUCUCGCCAUCAAACCUGAUGCCCAAAAUCGAACCAGGAAAGCUAGAACCUAUCCCAAUGCUUUCGAUUCCCCCAUUUGGAUAGGAUACUUCGGAAGGAUAAAGAGUCCGGAAGAAAAGGAACAAAAAACAGAAGGCAUAAUGUUAUUACUAUGUCGUAACUUAUACACUUAAAAAUCACGAAGAAGAACAAAAAAACACACUCACACACAAAGAUAAAUAAGUAAAGAAGGAUAAGAAAAUGCGAGAGAAAGAAAAAACACACACACACAACAAGAUGGUAUUCAUAUCUCCCUCACGAGUAGGCAUAUAUAUAUAAAAUCCGAAUGGAUAAAAGAUAAGCAAGUUGGAGUUGAAAACAAAGACAAAAAUUAAAGAAAAUGUUUAAUAAAAGCAAAAACAAAAUUACUUUAUUAAAGCUACUGUAGAAUGAAAUUAUUCAUAAACAAACAGAACAGGAAAAUAAGACAACAGCAAAAAAAAGCUGUCUGCAUAGAAAGCGAACAGAGAGGAAGAUACUGAAACGCUCCCAACACACACGCUGUUAAAACGGACCAACACAUUCAAUCGCUCACCUCAGCCGGUCGACUUCGCUGUGCAGUUGACUGGGUUAAACCUUCGCGGUGAGGCGCUGAGCGAUGAUGACAAACUAAUAGAAACAAGGUAGCUUAAAUAGCUGUAGAAAGGAAGAAAAGCGGGCAAAGGGUGGAAAACCCAGUCGAACGAUCGGUCGUGAGCCAAUCGUUUUGUCACACUACCGUGGCAAGCAAGAGCAACGAAGUGAGAUGCAAGCGACUACUGAUGGAAUCAAUUUUAGAAGCGUAUAAUAAAUUUACCACUAUCAUUUUAGAGGAAGCAGAGAAAAUUAAGAGACAGGCGAAAAACUGUUAUUGCAGCAGAAUAAAUACUAACAACCCGGGACCGGAACUUCUCGCAAGCAGGAACCCGAUGAAGAACAAAACGGCUCACAGAUCAUGUGCAUACAGAAAACCCAUAAUAAAGACUCUGGAACAUGCCCAUCACUGUAACAUAAUUGCAUUUAUGUUUAUGUUUUACACGGUAAAAUAAUCUCUAAUAAUACAGGAAAGGAAAGCUGAAAAACAAUCCAAAGAAAAAGAGGGAAAACGGGAUGUUCACUAAGAGGAGCAAUCCAAACGGGGGUUGCAAACGAUACAAAACUCGAGACUCCGGCACUCAUCUGAUGCACGGUUCGUUUCACGCAUCCAGCAAAGCAUUAUAACUUGUUAGAGUUUUAGAAGGUACAAGCAAACGUCAGAGGACGAAAGAGAAGAGAAUCCUUUUACGGAAGGAUUCUCAUACGCACUCUCUCUCUCUCUCUCACUGUCUAUCUUGGGCAAGUGACAGAAGCAGAGAGCUGAUGAGUAAACACUUAUACAAAAAAACUACCGAACGGAAGAUUAUUGUACAACCCUUUAGCUAAGAUUCCACUUAAUAUAACAACAGUCGAAACCUCCCAAAAAACCAAACCACACAUACAUACACACCGACAAGGAUCAAAGCACUCAUCGUUCACAAAGUCCAACAGAAAGCACCGCAUAAACAUGGGGGGAAAAACGUUACAAUAUCACUAACAAAAAAUCGAUUAUAGGGAAUUGAGAAGGAAGAAGAAAUGAAGAAAUGGGAAAACAAAACUAAUGAAAGGAAACACAAAAUAGAAAGACAGUAUGUUGUGGAAACAAAAAAAAAAUCUCAUAUUUUCUUUCCGUUUUCCCUGCUGCUCCAUUCACCCGGUACAAGGUAUGAAGCGAUAAGUUAAGAGUGUAAUACAGAUGGAAACAACAACAAACAAAAAAACCGUGACGGGCGGGCUCAACACCCUGGGCGAGUGGUAAACGAAACCUGUAAGCUUCUAUUGAAAAAAUAAAAACCAAAAAGAAAUACUAUUGAAUUAAUAUAA